UCAGAGCUCAGCUAGCACUGGCAUGCCUGGACACGGACUGACGCCACCGCACGGCUCUCCGAUGCUGCUGAUGCUGCUGAUGUUCUCGUGGCUGCCUUCGGGAGGCGCCCUGUCUCUGGCCCAGGAGCACCUCCCGGCCUUUCCGGGACCCUCAGACGCACACUCCAGCACGGAAGUCUCCAGAGUCCAGGAGUUUCUGAAACGCUACGAGCACCUGCAGACCAGGCUGCGGUUGAACCAAAGCUGGAUUGAUUCAAACCCUGACCUCGUCCCUGCAGCUCAAGUCCGGAUACUCACUCCAAAGCUGCGACUUGGACCGGGCGGCCACCUGCACCUGCGCAUCGCCCGGGCCGACCUGACUGAGGGGCUCCCCGUAACCUCCCGCCUGUAUCGGGCGCUGCUCAGGCUGUCCCCGACGGAGCCGAGCUCGUGGGACGUGACUCGGCCGCUGCAGCGUCAACUCAGCCUUGGAGUUUCCGGGGCGCCCACACUACGCCUGCGAGUGUUGCCUCGGUGGGACCGGUUGGGAGCGACGUUGCCUUCUGCACGUCCCCAGCUUGAGCUGCACUGGCGGCCACGCGCGGCCAGGGGGCGCCGCAACGCGCAUGCGCACGUCGGGGACGGUUGCCCCCUCGGGGAGGGGCGCUGCUGCCACCUGCAAAGCCUGCGCGCGUCGCUCGAGGACUUGGGUUGGGCCAACUGGGUGGUGGCGCCUCGCGAGCUAGACGUGCGCAUGUGUAUUGGCGCGUGCCCAAGUCAGUUCCGAUCGGCUAACACGCACGCGCAGAUGCAGGCGCGCCUGCACGGCCUGAACCCCGACGCCGCGCCUGCACCGUGCUGCGUGCCCGCCAGCUAUGAGCCGGUGGUGCUCAUGCACCAAGACGGUGAGGGUCGCGUGUCGCUUACGCCCUUCGACGACCUCGUGGCCAAGGACUGCCACUGCGUAUGAGCGGUCCUAGUCUUUCACUUACGGCUCGUGAGCAAUGGAGGUGACCUCAGAGAUCCUUGCCUGUCGAAUGGGCUUGUGGGACCUUAGAUGCCCGACUCCCACCACUGUUGUCUACCCCGUCCCGCCCAAACCUCUGUAUUUAUAAGUUUGUAUUUAUUAUUAAUUUAUUGGGAUGAUCUCCCUGGGGACUGGAGGGCUAGGGAGGGCUGGUCUGACAGUGUGCACUUAUUUAAACUGUGGUAAUAAAAAUGAAGCUGUCUGACCUGAGCCCCGUGAUGUCCAGGAUGAAGCUAGUGACUCUGGGAAGAACCUUCCCCUCCUUGGCCUCAGUCCUCGCAGGGGACCUGGUAUCAGGGUGAGUGGAACCCCGUUCAGGGAAUGCAUGGUGGAGCGUUCUGGCAUGUCAGGCAAUGGAUGGUGCUCAUGACACCGAUGCACCUCAAGGACAAUCCUUCUCUCUGUCUCUGCUUCUCUAUCUCCUUGUGUCUCUCUUUCUGGGUGGCAGUCUCCCUCCAUAUCUCAUCUCUUAAGUAUUCCUGUUUCUGUAGUUAUAUGGCCCUGUCUCUAUCACCGUCGUGCAGUCAGUCUCUCCUUGCACUGGAGUCACCUUUCCAAACACAGGCAGCCUAGAGUCAUGUCCGUCUGCAGCCAAGUGUAUUGUGUGUGAUGUUGCCCCCGACCUAGAAGAGUCCCAUCACUUCUUUUGGGGGCACCUCCCUCCAAGGGCCAGGGGGGCCACGCCCUGUGCAGCUAAGGCGACUAGGAAUUCUGGGGCUCUGCCUGCACUUGGUUUCCACCAGCCCACAAGCAACAGCAUGGCAGCCAUCCCCUCCAUCUGCUGGCUCCAGACCACGCCAUUACUGGCGCCGUCUGGGUUCCAUUUCCAGUAACAGCUCCUGCGGAAGUGCAGAGUAUCCUGGGGAAGCCAUCCCUCACCACCCCAGCUCUCCCCAAGGCCAACCCGGGUCACUGGUGGGCAAGCUUCUGUUUCAGGAAGUCCACUCUCCUGUUCAUGACUACAGUGUUGGAGUCCCCAGAACCCUCAGGAUCUCUCCAGGCCUCCAGCGGCUGGAUCACCUAUGACUUGGCUCUGGAAGCUGUGAGGAAGCAGCUCGAUGGCCAGCCUGGCAAAGCCAACACCCCGCCCCAGUCCUGUGGCCACCCCCAGCCACCAGGCCUCAGGCGGCGCUAGGCUCAUCAGAGCCUUUCCCCUCUCCUCCCUUCCCCUCCCCCUAGAUUAGGCAGGCUGCAGCAGCAAGCAGAAGCAGUUGGGUUUUUUUAAUAUCAAAACACCAAAAAGGAAGUUGAGAGAACCCCACUUUUUACCAUCCACGCCACAUGCAUGCCUCCCUGACACCCUAUAAUUGUGUGCCUUGCACCAAGUAGAAAAUAAACUCCAAGCAGCCAGUUAAAAAAGAAAAACAAAAAACAAACAAACAAACAAAAAAACAGGAGGAAAUAAAUACGUUGUGAAGAACAUUUUCGUGCACACAGCAUCUCCCAUGUUAUACAGUCUUCCUACUUAGGAUCUUGGGAUCCCUGAUAUGUGCCAGGUCCCCCCUUCCCACACCGAUGUGCCUGUUCACCCUGAGAAUCUCCGAAGGGAAAUGUUAUGGGGGUCUGGGGGACAGAGUACCUACUGCCAGCAGUGAGUGAGGUGUGUCCCCUGUGAAUGCUGCCACCUAGAGGCAGACCUGAAUGAUUGUAGGUGCCCAUGAAUGUAGUCAGUAAAUGCCCGCUUUGUGCCAGGUCUUGACUGGGCACUCAGGACACAGAAGGAACAAGACAGGGGCGCCUGGGUGGCUCAGUCAUUAAGCGUCUGCCUUCAGUUCAGGUCAUGAUCCCAGGGUCCUGGGAUCGAGCCCCGCAUCGGGCUCCCUGCUUGGCGGGAAGCCUGCUUCUCCCUCUCCCACUCCCCCUGCUUGUGUUCCUGCUCUGGCUGUCUCUCUGUCAAAUAAAUAAAUAAAAUCUUAAAAAAAAAAAAAAAGAAGGAACAAGACAGGCAAAAGCACCCCAUCUAAGCUGUCGAGUGAGGGAAACAAAUGAGUACAAAGUUACAUAAUAAGAAAGUGGUGGACUGCAGUAUGAAUUGUGCUGUGGAGUCAACCCAGGGAGUGCAUUAAUGAGUGGAGGCAGAGGUGAUUUAUUUAUUUUUUUUAAGAUUUUAUUUAUUUAUUUGAGAGAGAGAGAAUGAGAGACAGAGAGCACGAG